CACACGCCCGCGCCGUCUGACAGCCGCUGCCCGCAGCCGCGCCGCACGGGGCGGCGGGGGCUCCUCUGCUCUGCCUCUGCGGCCGCCGGGCUCGGGGAACUGGAUUAUACCCGGCGGGAGGAUCAGGCUCUCCUAGCUCUCUUGUUUGGCCGGGGAGGGCGGGAGGGAAGGAAACGUCGCCUUUCUCCCUCGCUUUCUGAAGAGGGAAAUCACACUGAUUUAUCUCCCGCAAAAAAAAAAAAAAAAACAAACCCAACUCGGUGUGGUUGAGUUCAUUGAACUACCAUAUAAAAUUCACUACGCCAGAUACAAAAAUGACAAAAAUCUGGAUCACAUUUUUGCUGUUCUUCUUAUCGAUUACUAUGUUUUUUGCCACUGCUAUACCAUCUGAAGGGCAUCAGAAUAUGACGGAGGACUUCACUCAACUGAGUGUGACACGGAAUAAAAUUAUGACAGCACAGUAUGAAUGCUACCAGAAAAUUAUGCAAGAUCCUAUUCAUAGUAAAGAAGGUCCGUACUGUAACAGGACAUGGGAUGGCUGGUUGUGCUGGAGUGAUGUUGCUGCUGGAACUGUGUCAGUACAGCGUUGUCCUGACUACUUUCAGGAUUUCAACCCAUCAGAAAAAGUUACGAAGAUCUGUGAUACAAGUGGGAAUUGGUUUAGACACCCAGAAAGCAACAGGACGUGGACAAACUACACCCAGUGUAAUAUCUAUACGCAUGAAAAAGUGAAGACUGCUCUGAAUUUGUAUUACUUGGCAAUCAUUGGACAUGGUCUUUCAAUUGCAUCACUUCUGAUUUCUCUUGGCAUAUUCUUUUAUUUUAAGAGCUUGAGUUGCCAGAGGAUUACCCUGCAUAAAAAUCUAUUUUUCUCUUUUGUUUGCAACUCUGUUGUAACAAUAAUUUCACUGACUGCAGUUGCCAACAAUCAGGAGUUAGUUGCAACUAAUCCAGUUAGCUGCAAAGUAUCACAGUUCAUCUACCUGUACCUAAUGGGUUGCAAUUACUUUUGGAUGCUGUGUGAAGGCAUUUACCUGCAUACUCUCAUCGUGGUGGCUGUUUUUGCCGAGAAACAACACUUGAUGUGGUAUUACCUUCUUGGCUGGGGUUUUCCACUUAUCCCUGCCUGCAUACAUGCUGUUGCUAGAACUUUAUAUUAUAAUGACAAUUGUUGGAUCAGCUCUGAUACUCAUCUGCUGUACAUCAUCCAUGGCCCUAUUUGUGCUGCUCUGUUGGUGAAUCUUUUCUUCCUGCUGAAUAUUGUUCGUGUUCUCAUAACGAAGCUGAAAGACACCCACAAGGCAGAAUCCAACCUGUACAUGAAAGCAGUCAGAGCUACCCUCAUUCUUGUUCCACUACUUGGCAUUGAAUUUGUUCUGUUUCCAUGGCGACCAGAAGGCCGGAUCGCUGAGGAAGUGUAUGACUAUGUGAUGCACAUCCUUAUGCACUACCAGGGUCUACUGGUGGCUACAAUUUUCUGCUUCUUUAAUGGAGAGGUCCAAGCUGUUUUGAGAAGACACUGGAAUCAGUACAAAAUCCAAUUUGAGCACAGCUUCAGCCACUCGGAUGCUAUGCGCACCGCUUCCUACACUGUCUCGUCAAUCAGCGAUGUUCAAGGCUACAGCUACAAUCACGACUGCACCAGUGAACAUUUAAAUGGGAAGGGCUACCAUGACAUGGAGAGUGUUGUUUUAAAAACUGAAAAGCUGUAUGGUUGACUGCCAAAGGCUCAGCAUAUGCUGGCGUGCUUACCCUCCUAGCUCAUGAACUCCAAGUUUGAUUCAAUGACUCCACGGCCAGAAGAUUUUACCUAACCUGGGAUAUGUUUUUCUCUUGAAUGAUGCAAACUAAAUCAACACGUUUUUCAUACGUAUGUAUAUAUAUGCAUAUAUACAUAUGUUUGUGUUUCUGUGUAUCUAUAUAGUAUGGACAUCUGUACAUAUAUAUAUCUAUAUAUGUAUGUGCAUUUAUAUAAGGAUACAAACUUUGCCUCUUCAGUUUCUACUGUGUAGACAAAGUUGGCAAUUUUUUGUACAAAGGGAAUCAAUGAAGGAUUUCUUAUUUUCUUGGAAGUUUGUAUAAGACUGUGUUGUGUUGAAGCCACUUCAUUUGCCUAUAGAAUCUUAGAGUGUAAAUACCAUAUUGUAUUGUCUUAAUUCAACCUAAAAUAGAACAAAGGAAAAUGGUUAAAGUAGGUGCAAUAAUAACAAUAGAUUGUCCAGGUUAAUUUUGUGUCCAGCAUUUGACUGUCAAAAAAGCCUAACAGGUAGUCUGAGAUAACAGACUCAAAGAGACUGAUGGUUUGGUUUGGCCAGUUUGUUUUUUCCACUACUUUAAAUCAACCAUAGUGACACCAGUGCAAGUCUGAGACUCUAGUUACUUCUGUACUGCAAUGGUAGAUUUUACAGCAAGCUUUGAGCAAUUUUAUUUAAACUGUGUUUGCAUAUACAGAAGUGUCUCCUUCUCCUCAAUUUUAUGGGAGAUUCUUAUUGGUUUAACACAAACAAGAUCAAUGAGGCCUUAUUGCCAGAAAGAAAAGUAGUAACCUCAAUAACUGUAAAUCCUUCCAGACACUAAUACGUAAUUGAAGCUGAUGGAACUUCACUGUGUGCUAACGGAAUUUACUCAGCUAGGAAAAAGAUCACGUACAGAAUUUGUUGUAGUCAUGUUGUUGUUUCGUUUUAUUUUUAAGUACUUCCCUGGCCAUUUGCUUGAUAAUUUAUUCCUUCGUUCUUGGGGCAAAGUUUUGAUUAAUUUUGUGGCUUUUUUUGGUCUGAGAAAAGCAUGCAAGACUAAAUGCAGUGCCAGUGACAUAUUACCUUUCAAGCCAGUGUAUGAGAUUCAGACUAAUCAAGCAAACUAAGGUUAGUGAUUGUCAUUAUUUGAAAAAUCCAGUAUGAAGUUUGUCUUAUAAAUGUUUAAAAUAUUAUGGAUUGAGAAUUUUAAUAUUAUUUUGGAGUGCUUGAUGCUGAAUCUCCAUCUCAGUUAACUAGCUUAGAACAUUACUUUAUAAGUUGUUUCUUUGGUGAAAUAAAGAAUAAAAUGAGGGGAUUUUCAGGAAGGUCUUGAGAAAAUGUGUCUUUAUAGCAAUUUAUGUUCUUGUAAAUCUUUGUGCUUUAAAGGAAUAGUAGGGGUUUUAAGUGAAAUGACAAAAAUGCUCAAGAAUGAGGGCAUGAUAUGAUAUAAGGUGAAUCUAGAAAAAUCUUGUUAAAAAUCACAAAAGAAAAAGGGUUUAUUGGUUUAUUUUGAAGAUGUCUACUUCAAGUGGGGAAAAAACAAAACAAAGUUAAUUAAUGUACAUUUGGUGCGUGUAAGCCAGUCAAAAAAAUGAAGGACAGUUCUUUCUGACACCACUUCAGUUUCAGUUUUAAAUACUUAAUUUUGUAUAUGAACAACUUGAUUUUAACAUUUAUACAUUUUUGUCAAUAGCCUUUCCAUAAGCUUCAUUAGCAUCUAGUUAGUUUGCUGUCACAGUGUUUAUUGGUUUGUGACUUCAUAAGGCUUUAAAUGCUUUAUAUUUAGAAGGAAAACAUUAGGACGACGUGGUAAGUUCACGCCAUUUGCACCUUUCCAUAGUUUUUUACAGUUCUUAUGUCUGGAGUUUGAAUUUAGAAUGUGUUUUAUUAAUGGUUUAGUUUCAUAAUAUAGAAUCUCAGCUAGGAUGCACAAAUAAGUUUUUUGUCCUUUUGCGAGGCUGUCUGGUUGACUGAUGCAAAUGAUUUGAGAAUUGGUUGGAUCCUGUCCUUUAGAAUAGUGUGAAAUCUGGCAAUCAGACGUCACCAUCUCUUAAAUUGUAAGAAUACAGUAACAGUAUCUGCUACAACAUGAUUAGAGGUUACUUACAACUCUGCUUGCUAAUCUAUGUAGUGUUACUUAAAAUCUGCGCAAUGUUCUGAAAAUACUAGUGAUGCAGAAAAUCCCUGCUCUGGUAUAGCAGCUUUACAUUUGGGGACCAGAUCAUCAACUGGUAUAAAUCUGUCUUGAGUUCUAUUUUCAGAAUCAAAUGGUACCAGCUGAGAAGCAAAGCCCAGGCAGACAUCUGUCCAUUUAAAAGUGCUUUGAAGUCCUUUAUGGCAUAUUAUCAGACAGUUAUUUCAAUGGUACCGGGUGGGUUGUUAUAAUUAAAACAUAUGUGAUGGUUUAGAGUGUGAUACAAUAUUAGAUUUUGAGUUAAGCUUCCUUCUCAGCUAGGCAGUUCAAAUUUAAUAGUCUAUAAAUUUUUAUCAUUUAGUCUAAAGUACUAGUUGCUAUUUGCUCCCUGUCCUCUGUUAGAGAAACCUGUAAUGGUAAUUCAGGAGGGAAAAUUGUUUUUCCACAGAAAUCAUCUUAUUUCUAGGUGGACAAUCACACCAUGCUUCUAGGAGCACAUUUGUCUUCACUUUGGAAAAGAAACGCACAUCCAGCUGGAUGUACAAGAAAACGUUUGUGACUGUGGAGGGUUACAUGACAUAGGAGAGCUACAUUACCCCCUCCUCCUAAGUUUAACUAACCUAUUUCCUGUUUAGCAUCAGAAAAUGUAAAUUCCCUAUUUUGUCUUCCUACCUCACCUUUUUCAGUUCCUACGCAACCAAGAGAAGGCUCUGCUUCUUAAAAUGUGGUGGGUUUUUUGGCCAAAAUAAAUUAAAAGCAAAUCCUUAUGCUGAUUUCUCAUGGCUUAUUUUCUACUUUACAGAAUGUUGCAGUCAUCUGUAUUCUUUGGGAUGGAAGUAAACUCUGUUUCGGUGGGGCUGUGAGAUUCCUUUGAACAUGCAAACGGUCAUCUGUUAUUAUUUUUUUGUUAUUUAGUGAGGAUAUAUUGUAUUAAUCUACAGGGGCUACAGAAAUAGUUAUAUUUGGUAUCUCUAAUACCAGCAUAUUAGUAUUCUAUGAGAGGGAAUGUCUAUUUUUAAUGCUACUGUCUUCAAUUAAUGAAACGUUCCAUUGCAGGGUCCCCUCAGUUAUUUUUUUGUUUGUUUAAUGUUACCAUUUAUGCCAUGUAAUUUUUCAUUGUGAUGAUCUACUAGAGUAUUUGGCUGUAGAAAUGCUGCAACACGUACUCCUUUUCAUGUCAUGAAACAUUUGGUCUGGAAACCAUGCAAUGUUCAAGUAUUGUACCAUGUAAAUAAGAUUAAUAGAAGCUAUAGCAUUGUAUUUAUUGCCUACACUAAGAAUGAAAUGGGAAAAAUGUGAAGUUAUUUUUUGGUUGUGCUUUAUUUUCACUUUGUUCAUAAGAAUCAUCAUGCAUUUCAGUUGCUGAAAGAAGUAUCAUGUUUGUGAUCAAUAAAAUAUUCCUACAUUUAUUCAGAUAUCUUGUGCUAUAAUACAGAAAUAACAAAGCUGAUCUAAAGUAGGCUUUCAGAGAUGUCUUAACUGUGUGUUAGUUAAAUAUUAACCCGGGGAGAAAUUAAUGACAUAAAGUUACUAACAACUACUCAGUUUUUAAGUGUUUGUUUGUUUAUUUAAUACUUAUAUUUUUAAUGCAUAGUAGAGUGUUGCAUUUCUGGAGGAAGCUUGUAUAGAUGACAAUGUAAGAUGGCUGCACUUAAAAUUAUUUACUAAAAAGCUUCAUAUUCCUAAUUUCUUUGUCUCCUGAAUCUGCCCUUUAGUAAAAAGUUACAAAUACUUACUUAUGUUUAGAAGCCAAUUUUUCUGUUCCAUCAUGAGCUGGCAGCAGAGUAGAGAAUAAAGUAAAUCUGUCUAUCUUCUCCAUUCCAUCAGUCUAGGUGGAGUUCCUCUCAACAUGGUGUUCA